AUGUCCCUCAUGCACGACUCGUUACCGCCCGGUGCGGAGAACCCGGAGAUCGAGGAGACUGUGGAGGAUGUCGGGGAAGACGGCCACAGCCUGUGGGAUAUGGUAGAUACUGCCCUGGAGCAAUCAUCGUUUGCUUCAACGCAACGUCCUUUAUCUACUUUCGAGCGAGUCAUCACAACGCAUACACCGAUCCUUGAAUCACUGCUACUCCAAACACCGACCGCGACCAUCCUCAGACUCUCCCAUGCCUCCCGGUACCUUCGAUCCUUUCUCCGCUCAUAUCCAACAGCAUGGAAAUACCUAUCGUUUCGCUUGCUCUAUCCAUCUGGUACGCCGUCGCCGCUACGGAUUAUGAUACCGGGCUCGUCGGAUCCCCGAAUACCGCGACAGUCUCGACCGUAUGCUCUUGACCAGCUGUUGAUGAACGUGGUGGUGCCGUUUAGUCCGUGUUUGAAGAGCCUGGAGCUGGAUAACACGGCAGUCUCUGGACAGAUUCUCAUCUCUACUGUUUUACACUCGCGGCGGGAAACGCUGGAACAUCUUUCUGUUCGUGGAUGCAAGAAUGUCUCGCUGAAAUACCAUAUUAUUCCGUACUUGAUGAUGUUCGGCCUGCAGUACGAUGUCAGCAUGGAAGAAAACAUUGGCAGUUCGCCGGCUACGAAACGCCUUGCUCUGAAAAGUCUCUACACCUAUCGAUGCCGCCACCAUAGACGACGGCCUUAUCUCUCCUCGUCCCUCACCCGAAAGGACUCAGACUCAGAACCUACUCACGAGCUGGUAAAUCUCUGCCACAAACUUGGGAUCUGGACGGACACGGCUUGGUGCUCUACCCCGGCUGGUAGGUGUUUCAGGAGGAGAGGCUACGUCGCUAUGCGGGCUCCACAGGGCUCACCUGAAGUGUGGGUAGUAUUUGAUCGGCUCUGGCGGUCGAAGAAUUGGAUCGGUCCGGUUGACGCGUCGGCCAAUCGACCAGCACAAAAGGAUGGCAAAUUGUGGGAGCACAAUGAGACUGGAUGCUUUGGUGAAGCCCUCGGCACCGGAGAGAAACGGGAUGUGAGUGAAGGGAAGACGAUGUCGACACAUCUACGCAGAAGCCAUCGACGGUUUGUCGAGAACAUUCGCUGCGACAAUUGCUGCGAGGUGAUCAAUGAGCGAUGCGAGCAGUGUAGCAUCCUGAUGCAUUGCGUUGGGUGUCGGAAGACGCUCUGCGCCAGCUGCGCAUACGAACGGCCGUACCUUCAUUCUCAACCACCUAAAUCUUCUACGACGGAGGCAUCAGACGGUCCUUUCUGGUGGGCUCCUGGCUCCACUACCUCGCCUUGUUUGAUGUAUGAUCCUGUCGAGAAUUCGCAAAACGAUACAACCGUACAGCCCAACGUCCCUGCAUCUUAUCCCACAUUGAAAUUCCACUGGUGCUGCACUGAGCCAAUAUUUUCUGGAGGUGGCGGCAUUAGCAUCGGUACACCGAAUCGAGAUGUUGACCAAGUCCGCGCGGCUCCCUUACCCCGCGGCCAGGGCUGGGAAGACUUGGAGUAUUCAGCACAGGAAUGGAGCAAGUCGUUUCCCAAGUAUGCCUAUGGAGAUCCUCGCAAGCCGGACUAUACACUUGAAGCUGGGCAUAUUGCUAUGAUGAAAUGGCUGCUGGGUCCCCCCGAUCGACAGGCUUCUUCUUGCCCGAGAAACCUUUGCAAAGAAUGCUAUGAUACCCCACAGUGGAAGGUACAUUGUAAGAGUUGCUCCAAGCCGUUGUGCAUCGAGCAUGAUCUACGUGGUCUUCGCCUAAGAAUCUGUGGAUAUCGAGAUCUCACGUUGGAAAAACUGGCAAUUCAACAAAAUCGAACCGAAUCGACAGUGGCAACAAGUUCCUCAGCACCUCCAGUCGCCGAGUCAUCUUCAACACCUUUCCCGCAUCCUGCAGCCACCGGCUUUGAUCUUCCGUAUAGAACCCAGCGGCUGAUCGAUUCCACCACGAGCAGUUUUACUGAAGACCAACCCGACGUCAACCCUCAACCUCUUGCAAGUUCCAGUGCCGGUCCAUCUCAGUCUUCCCACCGCCGCUCCCGCAGCAUGUCCGCUUCGAAUUCCAACCGAUCCGGAUCAUCAUCUCCGUCUUUCUACUCGGACUCGCCUGUAGAACAGGCUGCAAAAUGGCAAGGCUGCCAAUCCUUCUUCUGUCCACAGUAUCGUCCCCUCGGUGAUCAACGCCAGCGCUGUGGUAGUGUUCUCCGCGAAUGCACCAGCUGCUCGGUUUAUGUCUGCCAAGACUGCGUCACCGCGCAUCCACCAUGCAAAUGCUCCUACUGCGAAUCAAACUAUAUGUGUCCGAAUUGCGCCGUACUCCGUGACAGAGAUGGCACGUGUCGCCGCGCAGAAGAAGAAAAGGCCCUCCACGAACAGAAACUCCAGCGCGACUUGCAGAAGUUGGAGCGGAUCCUGGAAACAAAAGUCGCCAAUGAGGUCGCAGAAUAUGCUGGCCAGUUCUUCGACUUUAUUGAUCCUUCAAGCUCCACGGGCAUUCCAAACUCUAGUGUCGAUGCUGAUGACGGAGAGAUCGAGGAGAUUGAAGAUGUUGCUGAAGCUCAAUUGUCUUCGUCACACCAGGACACCGACAUGCAGGAGAGCUUGCAACUCCUGGUCAUCCAGACUCUGCUAGACGUCAACGAGUAA